GGCCGCCGGGGCAUGAAGCGGGGGCGCGCGGCGCUUCUACCUCAGUCGCGGCUGCUGGGCGCCGGAGAUCGUCCCCCCCUCCGACCGGCGUGCAGACCUCCGUCCCUGGAGGGGCUCCGCCGCCCGGCACCGUCCCCUGGGGUCGUCGCCCGGCCGCCGGCCUCCACAGGCCCGGCCGGCCGCGGCGGGGGAGGGCAGCAUGAGCCGGGGGGCCCGCCAGGCCGGCGCCGGGCAGGCGGUGGCAGCCGCGGUGCAGCUGCUGGUCUCCCUGAGCUUCCUGCCGCGUGUCCUCGAGGAGGCCCAGGUGAGCCCGGCCAGGGGCCGGCCGGCAGCCUUCGGCCCGCAGCGAGCGGGAGCCGGGACGCAGGUGGCUGGAGUUCUGGAUGAUUGCUUAUGUGAUAUUACCAGCAUUGACAAUUUCAACACCUACAAAAUCUUCCCCAAAAUAAAACAAUUGCAAGAGCGAGACUAUUUCCGUUAUUAUAAGGUUAAUCUGAAGCGACCAUGUCCUUUCUGGGCAGAAGAUGGCCACUGUUCAAUAAAAGACUGUCAUGUGGAACCCUGUCCAGAGAGUAAAAUUCCAGUUGGAAUUAAAGCCGGGCAUUCUAAUAAGUACUUGAAAGUGGCAAACAAUACCAAAGAAUUACAAGAUUGUGAGCAAGCUAAUAAACUGGGAGCAAUUAACAACACAUUAAGUAAUCAAAGCAAAGAAGCUUUCAUUGACUGGGCAAGAUAUGAUGAUUCACAGGAUCACUUUUGUGAACUUGAUGAUGAAAGAUCUCCUGCUGCCCAGUAUGUGGAUCUGUUGCUGAACCCAGAGCGUUACACCGGCUAUAAGGGUUCCUCGGCAUGGAGAGUGUGGAACAGCAUCUAUGAAGAGAACUGUUUCAAGCCUAGAUCUGUUUAUCGGCCUUUAAAUCCUCUGGCCCCAAGUCGAGGUGAAGAUGAUGGAGAAUCAUUCUAUACAUGGCUAGAAGGUUUGUGUCUGGAGAAGAGAGUCUUCUAUAAACUUAUAUCAGGACUUCAUGCCAGUAUCAAUUUACAUCUAUGUGCAAAUUAUCUUUUGGAAGAAACCUGGGGUACACCUAGCUGGGGACCUAAUAUCAAAGAAUUUAAACGCCGCUUUGACCCUGUGGAAACAAAGGGAGAAGGUCCAAGGAGACUGAAGAAUCUGUACUUUUUAUACUUGAUUGAGCUUCGAGCUUUAUCAAAGGUGGCCCCCUAUUUUGAGCGCUCGAUCGUUGAUCUUUACACUGGAAAUAUAGAAGAUGAUGCUGACACCAAGACCCUUCUACUGAGUAUAUUUCAAGAUACCAAGUCCUUUCCCAUGCACUUUGAUGAGAAAUCCAUGUUUGCAGGCAACAAAAAGGGGGCCAAGUCAUUAAAGGAGGAAUUCCGGUUACAUUUCAAGAAUAUUUCCCGUAUCAUGGACUGUGUUGGAUGUGACAAAUGCAGAUUGUGGGGGAAAUUACAGACUCAGGGUUUAGGAACUGCCUUGAAGAUACUAUUUUCUGAAAAAGAAAUCCAAAAGCUUCCAGAGAACAGUCCAUCCAAAGGCUUCCAGCUAACUCGGCAGGAAAUAGUUGCUCUUUUAAAUGCUUUCGGAAGGCUCUCUACAAGUAUAAGAGAGUUACAGAAUUUUAAAGUCUUAUUACAACACAAUAGGUACCAUUGUAUGUAAGAAAGGACAGCUCUUUUGGUCUCCAUCAGCAUUGUCUUCAGCUGGAAACUUGAGAAAGUUCACAGUAAACCUCCCAGCAGUUUGCAGACUGAAGUACCUGCAGAAACCGUAGCUAUUCACCAACAGACUCAGGUUAGGUGCACGGUAUUGUGGAAAUUAUCUUAUACAACACCCAACACAUAAGACCACAUGUACUCUAUUUUAAGGUGCAGCUUUGAUUUUUGAAAAGAAAUACAAAUAAUUUGCUGUUGUACCCACCAGAUUCUAGAAAAUGUGAAUUAAAGUACAUGUUUCUGCAAUCUUCUGUCUUGUUUUUUCCCCAAAUUUUAAGUGUUUCUUUUAGGAGAUGAAGAUUUGCUAGUCACUGUGGAGUGGGGAGAAAGUAUAUUUGCAGGUGGUCUGAGGUGGCUGCUUCUAGUCGUGAUGGCAAGUGUUGGCAGGCAUUGUUUCAUCUUCACAGCAGCACUGGUAGGAUUAUUUUACAAAUCCAUAAGAAAUCCGAGGACAGGAGAAGCUCACUAACUUAGUCUGGAACAUCUGACACCAGAGCCUCUGCUCUCAUUGUGGUCUGUAUCAUUGCACAAGUAGCUUGCUACUUUAAACUAAAAGAUGGUGACUUUUAGCAUCUUUUGAUUUGGAUUCAGUCAUAAGGCUUUUAAAAUAUGCUUAUUUUAUUUAAUUUUUUGGAUAGGUAAUACAUUCAUAUGGUUUAAAAAGCCAAAAGAUAACAAAAGUUAUAUAGCAAAUGCCCUCUUGUCAGAGGCUCACCUUCCAGCAUGGCACCCCCAUCACCACACCACUGCACAUGACCUCUGUUCUUGGUUGCUUGUGUUUCCAGCCAUACAUUUUCAGGCAUAUACAAACACAUACAUAUAAAGCCUUGUUUUCUCUCAUUUUUACUCAUUGACAUCAUAAACACAUCACUUGCUGUUUUCACUUACUGUUUCUUGGUGGCCUUCACGUGUUACCAGAUGGCUUUGUUAUUUUUGAGUGACUGCUUGGUAUUCCAUUACAUGGAUGUGCCAUCAUUUAACUGGUCCCCUGUUGGUCAUUUGGGUUGCUUUUGGAACUUAUAUGUAGGUCAUCUCACGUCUUACCCACAACCUAACCAUCUCAGAUGUUAUAAAAUGCUGGAUUGUACCAUUCUCAUAGAUGAAAACACUGAUCAAUGUGUUUCUAUUCCUAUAAGUAGGGUUAAACACCUUCUAAUAUGUCUACGAACCACUUGUGUUUGCUUUUGUGUUCAAAUCUUUUGUAUACUUUUUUAUCACAUGAUUAUUUUCCUUUCCAAUUUCUAAUAGUAGAUUAUUAGAGUAGCAACACUUCAAUUUUAAUGAGCUGCAUUUUUUUCAGUUGGUUGUCAUUUAGUGUUGCUUAUGAUGGUUCUGCCAUGCGGUUUUAUAUUUUUAUCUAGUCUGAUACAAAUUUUUUUAGUGGUUUCUGGAUUUUGAGUUAUAGUUAGAAUGCCUUCCUCAAUCCAGAACAGUGGAAUAAUUCACCAGUUUCUUCUAGAACGUUUAUGGUAUUUUUUUUUUAACGUUCAAAUUUUGA